GACCCUGAUAGCACCAUGAAUAGAACCGGCACGCUGAAGGGCUUGUUCAAACAAAAAUCCGCCGAGAGGGAGAAGGAGAAGAAGGAGCUGAAGCGCGCCGCGACCAUCCACCGGGAUGAUCCGAGCUCCGUGCAAAGAGACCCGGGCCCCCUCAGCCCCGGAGACGGAAGGACGCUCCCCGAAGAUGGGUUACUCAGUUCCCCGAAAGAAAAGAAGUCAAAGCGGUCCUUCUUCUCCUUAAGGAUUAAGAAGAAGAAGCGAAAUAAUGAUGAAGAAGGAGAGGGGUUCGAGGAACUGGACAGCUUCAGCAGCCGCCUGAGCUACGACCAGAUGAGCGUUUCCACAGAGUGUAGUUUCCGGCCAGGAUCGGAAUCGGACCCUCAGUCUGAGCAAUCCUCUGUGAUCAACUUAGAUAUGAGCCAGCAGUCCAGCCCCAUGUCUCCCUCCAAACUCAAGGGGGAAAAAAAGGGAACGUUUAAUCGAAUUAUCAGCUUAUUCCAGAAAAAGAAGAGCACCAGCAGCCGCCAUCAGUCAAAUACCUCCACAAAUUCGAGCCUACCAGCAUCUCCCAUUUCUCCCCGUCUGUUUGAAUCCCACCUAGUGGAUGGGUUAAAGCAUCUGACCAAUUCUCCAACGGGGUCACAUGAUUCGUCCCCCAGAGCUGGGUGCGACGACUCCCUCAGUCAAAGCUCCAGCCCCAGCGUGGCCUCUCUGAUUGGGGAUGACCCAGAUCUCCCAUUUGCAGACAGCAGUAGCUGUGGCAGGAGCAGUGUGAGGGAGCUAAAUGUGUCCAGGAUCAGCACGGUUGGAGUUCAGAAGAAUUCUAAGAAUGUGACGCCCACCAAUGCAGAACUUCCAUCUGCAACUUGUCCAUACUCAAACACAGAUUUAGGCUUUGCAGAGUCAGUGGUUGAGGAAGUUAGCAAGAGAUUGCAGGUUAAUUUGGACAACAACAUCCAGAGCUUCAGUGAGGAGAACGUUGUCACCCCAACCACCCCAAUGUCAGUUAAAACCCCUAUUUCCUUGACAGGGGACACGCCGAAGUCUCCCAACUUAACCUCCAUAAGCUUAGGAUCAAAGAAAACUGUGGUGAAAGUUGGAGAGAAGGGCCACAGCACAGCGUUAAGAGGAAUAACUUUAAACUCUCAGUCAUUCACAUCAUGUACCAUCACUAGUCAGCAAGAAAUAAAUGCUCCAGAUGCACAGAAGGGACGUUCAGAGGUCGGGAUAUCUUCCUGUAGCCAGUCUGAGGAAAUUGCAGCCGUUGUAUGGAGCUCUCCGUCUGAGAGAGAGCAAACAGCCAGAGGGGAUUCUCCCAUUCAGCUCCAUAAAGCCAUCUGGGUGGAAACAUACCUGGGAGAUGAGCAGGAGGCGGAGGGAGAAACAGAUGUAACAGAACAAGAGGAGGAGGUCUUUAGAUUGGACUCGCCUCCAGUGCUGGCCCUACCUGUCACAGUAGUUCCUGAGGAUGAGGUGGUAACUCAGGAAGAAUCAGCGAGUUUGCUAUCCAGUAGCAGCUUGCCAGAGUCCGACAUCACCGUGGCAGCAACUUGGCAGCAGUUUCAAACAAGCUUGAUGCAGCCAGAAGAGCCAGACACCAGCAUGAUCCCAGAACCUGAGCCACUUCAGGAGAAACCAAGAGAAAUCCGUAUGACUCGCAAGACUGUGAGUCUGCCGUCAAAGGGCAAGGUCUUUGCCAAGCGAGUAUUUAUCCAGUCGGAGUCGAGUUUGGAAGGUGACGAGGAAGAUUUAAGUUCAGAGACCUCAAGCACAGCAGAGCCAAGUGGAUUGACAAGCUUCCACAAAGAAAAUGAAGCUGAAUUAAAAGAUAACAGAACUGAAGCACCACCGACAACAACAGAUGGGCCCUCAAAGUUCAACACUUACAACACUCCUGAAUCCAUAGUUAAGGAAGAUACUAUGACCCCUGCCUUUGGAGAUAUAACUGCAACUUCAGAUAUGAGCAAACCUAAAUUACAAGAUGCAGACUUUGGAGUAAAAAGUCAAAGUAGUCAAAUGGCUUCUGCUAAAGAAGAAGUUAAAGGAGCAGCAGACAACCUGCAUACUUCCACAGUGAGUGGAACAAAGAUCUCCACAUCUGCUGUUGGGGUCAAGGUGAAGAGUGUCUCAAGAAAGAUAUCAGGAGUCACAAAAACAGAAACUCCCAGUGAUCCCCCACCACUUAAGGAGCGCAGCACUGAGAAACGUGUUUCUGCACUUCCAGUGUUAAAGGAUCAAAGCAGCAGUAGUUACUCAAAGCCUAAAAUUCCAAAAGUUUCAACAUCAGAAACAGAUGUAAAAUCUCCAGUAACACCUGAUAAAAUAUCAGAGCCUGAUGUCUUGGAGUCAGCAGUCAUGUCCAAACUACCAAAGCAACCCAUACCCAAAGAACCUGUGAAAUGUCCGACCAAACCGGUCAGAAAAUCAAGUUUUGAAGAAGCCAAAAGUGGGAGAUCCACAUCAGGAAAUAUUUCUCCCACAAAAUCAAUGUACAAGACAGGGACCAAGCUGAUUAAGGAAAGAUCCAUUGAGGAGUGUGUAGAGUCUGUAAAUGGCAUGGAGAAGGAGCCUGAGCAAAGGAGCAGUAAAAAGGGAUACCAUCCUGACAGGGAAUCCCUGCAGCAGAGCCAGCAACAGAGUAGUUCGUUCCUGGCAUCAAAGAGUAAGUUACCAGUUUCAUCUCCGACAAGAAAAACAAAUGUUAGUGUACCUGCAACAAGUAGCCAAGGCUUUAAAAAGAUGUUACCUGGUCAGACUAACUUAGACAAAGGUGAAGCAGUCCAGAAACAGAGCCCAGAGCAGAAGGAACUAACUCCAAUCGAUGAGAAACCUGGAAACGAAACACUGACAAAGCAACCUGGAAGUACAAAGAAAGGAACAGGAAGCAUGCCAUCAUUGAAGCCAUCCAAACACCUCUCUAAGAGAAGCAUGAGUCAUGAAGAGAGUGGAACUGCAAGUCUUCCAUCUCCUCCCAUCAAACAAGAGAAAACCGUCUUCUCACGGCUUGCCAAGCAGAAUGAAAAUGUCAAACAGCACAGCAAAUUUCCUGUGAAGGACUUAACUGAGACUUCACCAACAGCAAGCAAGCUUCCAACGAGAAGUCAGAGUGGCUCCAAGAAACUAAAGUCCAAAAUCCAACAACAGUCACCAAAAUUUGAGGAUUCAAACUUUAACGCAUUUAAAGAGUCAACUGUGAAGGUUAAAGACACUGUCACCGAGGAAAUUAUAAAGGACAGUGAAUGUAAGUCUGCAGAGGAACACAUUAAAAUCACCAAAAAACAAACUAAAACUUCUGAAACAACAUUUGAGGAAGACGUCACAGAUGCAGAGAUUUUAGGGAUCCAAUCUGGGGAAAUUAGCAUUUCAGGAAUUACAGAUGAUUCUCAGAUAAUCACACACCCAGUUACCGAUGUAGAUAAAGAAAUCCCCGCUCAGUCACUGGUUGCUAAUUUUAAUAAUGCUGAAACUGAUGAAAGAAAGCAGGAGGCCAAACAACCAAAGCCGGAAAUUCAGAAAGAUAACAAACAUCGACAGAAAACACUGCCAUCUUUUAAAACUUCCACCUCAGCUAAAACCAAAGAUGUUUUAGUGGACCUACCAGGCCAGACAAAAUCGAAAUGCACCAAUGAGAAAAAUCCUACAGUUCUGGUUUUAGACAUUAAACCAACUCCUAAGGAUGGAACAAUUAAGUUAGUCAAACCUGAGCUGGAAGAAGGCAUUCAUUAUGACAUAACAACACACACCAGUCAGAAGGGUGUUAUGUCUACAUCAGAAACAAUAACGAGUCGUCCUGCUGAACUUGUCUCAGAAGAUAAAUUUCUUGAAGCAGAUGAUAUACACAGUCUCACUGUAGGAUCGGGUGACGUUAACUCUGAGGACUUUUUGGAGGAUCAAACCAAAGCUGUAAAUAACGGAAGAACCCAAACAUUAAAAGCAGAAGCAGUAAAACAUUUUGAUGCAGGAGAGAAAAGUAAAGUGGGGGUUGGCUGGAAACCCGCUGAGGCUCUGGAUGUAGAAACAGAGAAUUUUGCUGUUUGUGAAUUCCCCAAGAAUGUUGAAAAUCAGUCAAACAAAGAGGCUCUUUUAGGAGAAUCUGGAAGAAGGGAGAAAGACUCAAAGCCAAAUGAAAUGCUUAACCACGCUGCAGUAGAAAGCCCUGAGUCACAAAACAGUUGUAAAGAGAAGCUCAAAGAAAGGCCUGUGGACUUUGCAGGGGAAGGAAUAACAGAUUCAUGGAACACAGGCCAACUCUUAUCAGAAGAGAAAAGCUUGCAGCCUGCAGCCAAAAAGAAAAGACAGACAGUAGUUACAAAUGUCCUGAAAGGGAGGAGGGCAGAGAGUGAAGAAUCAGAAUGUGUAACACUUAAAACUACAGUGAGUGUGACUGACACAAAACAGCAGAUCUUUCUACAAGAAGAUUCCCAGAGUGUCUUUAGGAAUACAGAUAAAUCAAAGCAGCAAAAGAAGGAAUCACUGGGGACAAGUAAACUGGAAAACAAUGAGCUACUAACCAAAAAUGAAGGGAUAAGAGAUGGCUACAGAAAUGUAGAAUGCAAAGACGGCAAUGUUGUAAAAGAAAAAACAAGUUCUGAAAUAUCAACCAGUGAUAGAAAAUUGUUGGAGACCGAAGCUCAAGAGGGCACCAAAGAAAAAGAGAUCAUACUUAACAAAGACCAAACCAUGAAUGAUAAAACAACUGAAAGAAAUGCUCAAUCUUCAGCAGAAUCUAAAACCAGAGCAGAGGAUGGAACUAUAAUAAACCGAGAAAGAUAUGAAAAUCAUAUAUCCGAUAAUAAACAAAAAGUUACAAGAAAGGAAGAAGAAAAGUCAAAGGAAACUCAAACAUUUCCUACAGCUGCAAAACUAUCACUACCAAUCACUCACAUUGAAGAAGACAAAGUAAAAACUGAAGCCAAAGAGAUCUCAGAAUACUUGGGGAAUGAAAUUGUUAUUGCUAACAAUGAGGAUAGCAAACAAAAGGUUCAGACAACUGUAACUGUUCCUGACCUGGAUGAAAAAUUAAUUAAUAACCAACAGGCUCAGAUUAUCAUAAAGGCUGGUGACCAUGAUGGAGAAUCAUCAAAAUCUGAACAUCCAAAGUCUGAAAUUACUGAUUCAUCAUUGCAAAGUUUGUCAAAUGAGACAGAAACUCCAGGAGGUAUUAGCAAAGAUAGCAAACAACAGGUCCAGACAACGGUAACCGCUAGUAACCAGGAUGGAAAAUCAUCAGAACGUUUGAGGCCUGAAAAUAAUAAUUCAUUCAUUCAAAUUAUUGUAAAUGAGACAGAAACUCAGGAUCAUACCUAUAAAGUUUGCAACAAACAGGUCCAGAAGCCUGUAACUGUUGUUGACCACGAUGGAAAGUCAACAGAAUCUGAACGUGUAAAAUCUGAUAUCAGUGUUUUAUCAUUGCAAAGUCUGGUAAAUGAGACAGAAGCUCUGGAUCAUAGAAGCAAAAUUAGCUGUCAACAUGUCCAGACAACAAUUACUGUUUGUAAAGAAGAUGGAAAAUCAACAGAAACUGAAGGUCUAACAUCUGGCAUAAGCCAGAUGCCCAGAACAGAAGCCCCUGAGGCCACAACAGAAAGCCAGCGUAAACAAAUACCAAUGCCAGGCUUCUUAACUCACAGUGCUGAAGGAGCUAGAGAUGACUCUAAAUUGAAGGACACCUUGUCUGAAAGUUUGGUGGAUGAAUCAGUAACUGCUAACACAAGAAGUGACACUGGAAAUCACCACGAGCCCAACUCCGUAACUGAGAGAGACCAAGAAAAAACAAAACAAGUUGAUAAUGAACUGGUGGGUUUUGCACAUUUAGGUCAUAAAUCAGAAAAACAACCAGAUACAGAUGCUGACGUUCAAGAGAAGGGGCAGGAUAAAAAUGACACAUUAGAUGCUCACUCUGUAUGCAGUACCACUGAAGUUGGAUAUUUGGUAAAUGAAACAGCAGAUAAUUUUCAGAUGUUGAACACUGAUGUAAAACAAGAAAGGGAAGUAAGAAAAUCACCAGAAGUAUCUAAAGGCUCAAACACAGACCUCCAAUUAGGACCAAAGACAGUGGAAGAAGAAGCUUCAAAAGAGACGAGUCAAAGUCAAAUCCAAGAGGUAAAAAUUACAACCACCAAUGGUCAAGGUGAUGAACAAGCUAAAGAUAAGACUACAAGUAAGGACCAAUCAAAUGAAAAAUUGGUUAAGGAGACAGUAAAUGUAAAUACUGCAAGCAAACUUGAAAUUAAGAAAGACCUAAAGCCCACUCUUAAUGGCAAAUCAGAGACAAGUGUAACAAAACCAGCUCAAGAGAAAUUCAAAUGGUCUGAGCCAGAGAAGCCAAGAAAGGAUUUACAGGAGAAGCAAACACAAAGUCAUGCCAUAGAUGCAACCCAAGAUCCUGACAAUAGUCUCUCUUUUAAUGAUGAAAAAGAAAAAACAGAAGUUCAGGAUUUUUCUUCAGAAAGUCUGUUGAGUGACAACAGAGUGUCAGCAACUCCAAACCAUAGGGAUGAAGUUUGCAUCAAAGAGGUCCAGAAGUCCAAAACUAAAGACAAAGAUGAGGAUUUACCAAAACCAGUUCAACAAUCUAAAGGUGCAAAUACUGACCUUAAACUGAGCCAAAGUACAGAAAAAAUAAAAACUCCUAAUCAGACAACAGAAAGCCAGAUUAUCAGUUUACCAUGUCUCAUUAGUCCAAGUCCUGAAGGAGCUAAAGACACAUCAGACGACUUGAAAGCAAACACUUUUAGGAAACUUGAAAUUAUUAAUGACUCAGAGUCAAGAAUGCUCAGAGACCAAAAUACCAACAAACAAAAACUAAAAAUUGAUAAACCAGCUAAGUCUCAGAGUCAAAAUGAAAAAUCCAAACACGAACUGGGGACUUUAAUGACUGAAGUUGGCAAGAAGACAACUGGGAGGCAAGGUCAUGUAAGCCCAGACGAGCCUAAAGAUGACUAUGGAGCUAAGCUCAAGGAAUCAACAUUAGCAGCUGCAGAACAAGUCCAGACGUCCUCAACUAGUGCAAAACAAAAUGCUGGCACAGCACCAAAUCAAGUCAACAAGUCAGAACAACGUGGAUACCCAAAUACAGACCUAAGAGACAAACAGGAGUCAGUUAUGACAGAAGACUCAAAGACAGAACCAUCAGAAGAAAUUUUGACAAAGAAUAUUAAAAUUUACAAAUCAGGCACUCCAGAGGACCAGGGUCUCUCAGCUGUCAAAGAUGGCAAAGUUGAGAUUAAAACAGUUAUAGAUUCCAAAGCUUCCGAAGAUACUGUAGCAAGAGAAGUUCAAGAGAAGACACCAAAUGUUGCGGAAAAUAUGUCUAAUCUGACUGAUGCUAAACUGGAACAGAAUGUAAAUAACACUGCUUUUGUACAAAAUUUACCAAACAAAAGUGGUUGUGCUGACCAAAAGGAAGCACUCUGUGUUGGUUCAGGUCAUGUAGCAUUUGGGAAUGAUGCUCUGAAGAAUGUUCAGGUCUUUGAAGAAAGAACUCAAAAACCUGAGUCAGUUACAAAAAGGCCCACAACAGGUGGCAGUUUGAAACAGGAGGCACAAGAGACUUCAAGAAAAGAAACAACUCAAAACCUACAUUUUGGCAACAUUUUGUCUCCACCUAAAGAGAUUCUAUCUGCUUGGUUGAAUGUGGAAGACCAUCACAAAAAGAAAAAGGGACGUAGAAGAAACGAAGAUGAGUCAGCCAGCGAUGAUGAAUUACUUGAGCCAGAUAACAUUGAUAUUUUUAUCAGCAGUGUCAGGGCAGGGGGAAUCCCCUUUUCGCUACCUCGAAAGAAACAUUUCCGGAAAAAACUUCAAUCUCCACCUUUUGCAAUGCCAGGCAUCAAGGAGGACCACUGCGAGUGGACAUUUGAUCCACAGGAAUUCCAGUUCGGCUUAAGAAAAACUGGCAGACAUAUGGACCUUUCUCCAGCUAUGGUAAUCAAACAAAAAGCCGCUAACAGGGAUGGUCAAACCUCUGGUUCACAAGACAAUGGCACCUCAGCAGAUCAACUGACAACUCAUAAGGUUGACGGACAAGAUGGGGUCAAAGAGGAGACUCAAUCUGAAGCAGGAAAAACAGAAGAGCUAAACAAUGAGCCGGGGAAGAUUACGUCAAGACUUGAGAGGAUGUCCAUCCUCACGGGCUUGCUAAGCUCUCCUCUGACCUCCAGGAGGACAAGGACAGAAGCUUCCGGUGCCUCAAACAGCACAGUCGCAUCUAACCAGCAGCUAGACGUGCCCUUAGAUAGACCGCAGAAGGCUACUCCCUUGCCUCUGCCUGUUGCCCCUGCUGAUAACAGGGCUGUUAAAGGUAGAGAUCAAAGCCUGAUUACAGAAGGUGGAACAGAUGCAGUCAGUGAGUCAGCACCUAGCUCCUCCUCUGUUCCUCCUCUGCCAGCAUUCUCUGAGAUAAAGCUGCCUGAUCAUUUAGAGAAGUACCUCAAGGCAGACAAAAGACACACAGAGGCCUCCCAGGAUUUUACACAGACAGCUGACCUGACCCCUCCCGCCAUGGACCAGAUGUCAAUUACAAAUAUAUCUGUUGUGGAUGUGGGUCAGAAGAACCCUACAGUACUGCCUUCUACCAAAAACGACACCCAUGAUGUUUCUCAAAAUGGACUGUGUACAACUAAAAUCAAGAAACCUGUAGUUAGAGGACACCACCGAAGACCUGGAAAGAUCAUCAUUCACGAACAUGCUCAGUUUGGUGGCGAGGCAUAUGAAGUGUAUGGUGAUGUAGAAGAUUCCACCACAAUGAAGCUGUCUCCUGUGAUAUCAGUCAAAGUCAUCAGAGGAUGCUGGCUUCUCUAUGAAAAGCCUGGCUUUCAAGGCCGUAUCCUUGCUCUGGAGGAAGGCCCCAUGGAGCAGAUAGUUAACAUGUGGGAAGAGGAAGAAGCUCCAGAGACGCUUGACAAAUUGGGUCAGCCUAUUCCAACCACACCAAUGGUUGUAGGUUCCAUUCAGCUGGCAGUCAGAGACUACAGCAUUCCCAGGAUUGACCUGUACUCAGAGGUAAAUGGGUUAGGGAGGAUGUCCACUUACUGCGAUGACACGCCAGAGCUUAGCUCCUACGGGAUCCCACAGACCACAGGCUCCAUUAAGGUCCACUCUGGAGUCUGGUUGGUGUACUCUGAUCCAGGGUUUGAUGGGCUGCUCGGAGUGCUACUGGUGGGAGAGUAUCCACACCCGCAGAGCUGGGGUUUCCCUGAGCCUUUCAUUGGCUCUAUCAGACCGCUCCGAAUGGGAGCAAUAAGGGUGGAGCGUCCGACUGACAUUAAGGCUCUUGUCUUUGAGAAACCAAACUUUGAGGGAGAGUGUUUGGAGCUGGAUGGUGAUGUCUACAACUUGCUGGAGCAACAAAAAAGAGACGAGAACAACACAACUCUUUGUUCAGUGGGCUCUAUAAAGAUACUCGGUGGUCUCUGGGUUGGCUAUCAAGACGCAGACUUCGAAGGCCAGCAGUACAUCCUGGAGGAGGGGGAGUAUCCGCAAUCCAGUGAGUGGGGAGGAUCUGAGGACGGGCUUCACUCACUGCGACCUAUACUUGCAGAUUUCCAGUCCCCCAACGUGAAACUGUUCAGUGAGCCCAACUUCAGUGAGCACGGGAGCCACAUGGACUUGGUGGGUCCCGUCGUCAGCAUGGAGGACGUCGGCCGCAGCACUAAAACCCAGUCAAUCACCAUCACAGGAGGAGUCUGGGUGGCGUUUGAAGAGCCUGGGUUCAGUGGAGAGCUCUAUGUUCUGGAGAAAGGCAUGUACUCACACCCGGAGGACUGGGGAGCACAGAACUUCAGGAUUUCAUCCAUACAGCCUGUCUUCCAUGAUAUGCUGAUGGGAACUACGAAAUUUAAGGUCCAACUGUACUCUGAACCAGAGUUUCAGGGAAGGCUGCUGGCUCUGGAGGACAGUGCAGAUGUACUGGAUUGUGAUUUCACACCCAGGUCCUGUAAAGUCCUGGCAGGCAGCUGGGUGGCAUAUGAGGGAGCUAAAUUCAAAGGAAACAUGUACAUCCUGGAGGAAGGAGAGUACCCUAACAGCGAGGCCAUGGGCCUGCUGUCGUCAGACUGUAUCAUUCGAUCAAUGCAGACAACAGGACAUGAGUUAUCCCUGCCCUCCGUCGUCUUGUUCAGUAAAGUAGGCUGCAAAGGUCGCAGGAUGGCUUUGACAAGCGGAGCUGUAAACCUGCUACACACUGGCAUGGAUUCACACAUACGCUCCCUGGUGGUGGAGGGAGGAAUAUGGGUGCUGUAUGAGGGCAACAACUACAGAGGCCGACAGCUGUUCUUCCAUCCUGGUGAGGUGGGCAACGUUUGCAAGUACAGCAGCUGGCAGCAAAUAGGGUCCCUCCGUCCGCUGAUGCAGAAACCGAUGUACUUCCGUCUGCGGAACAGGCAGACGGGAUGUUUGAUGUCUCUUACUGGAAUGCUGGACGACGUAAAACUGAUGAGGAUCCAGGCCGUGGAGGAGACAGGAGGACAAGAACAGCUCUGGCUCUAUCGAGACGGACAAAUAUCCUGCAAGCUGAUGGAGGACUGCUUCCUGGAGACGGCAGGUAGCGUGAUGAUGUCAGGUACCCGACUUUGCAUCUCUCCAGAACGAGGCAAAGACAACCAGCUCUGGAGUAUCACCCAGGACGGACUGGUUCGCUCCCACCUCGACCCUAAUUUAAUCCUGGAAGUCAAAGGUGGUCAUCAGUACGACAGGAACCAGAUCAUCCUGAACAACUUCGAUAAAAAGAAGUGGAUCCAGAAGUGGACUUUAGAGAUCCUGUAAUCUGAUGAGGACCAAUCAUUCGAGCGGCUCUUUUUUGCGGAUACCUGGGGUGGAUAUUUUUACCACGAGCUGAUGUUUGCUGCUUAGAACAUAUGAAUUACAUAAAAAGAUGAUUUUUUUUUAGCCUUCUGAUUAACACUUUGUACCAAAGACUCCAUGUUUUCUCUCAAUUUAGGGAAAACUAUGCCCUGUUUUGAUGCUGCAUACUUUUCAUCACCUUGUGGUACUUUUUAAACUACAGUUUUCAACAAUCUCUCAUUUUCAUGCAAAAAUAAAUUUAUACAACCUACUUUUUGUUGCAGGUUUGACAGGCCUACCCUCCAGAAAUGUUGUCUUUGCACAGAUCAAAAUAAUCUCUAAUAAAGUUUUGAUAUCUUUUUAGGAUUUUGACACAAACUGAGCCUUUUAAUUCCAUUGUACAUAAUUUUCCUCAAAUGUACAGAUUUAAAGUUUUAAACAGAAAUGCAAUAAUAAUGUUGCCCAAUAGUGGUUGUAAAUAUGUGAGAAAACAUUUGAUGUUACUGCCUGUUACAGUAAAAUAAAAAUGUGAUUCUUUAGUUUCCUUACAUCAUAAAGUGCUUCACCUGAAUGCUUUCCUUUUUUAUGGGAUUUUUAAAGAAAUAAAUUGAGGGAAUCUAA